AUGUGGGUUGCGGGAAUUUGCGAUGAAUGGCCUGAUGUAGUUGAGAGGGUUUGGUUGUUGAAAGAAAAAAAUGUUCGUUGGACACUGGUGAUUAUUUCAACAUUAUCGGAUUCAGUCUUUUUCUCUCUCUGUCUUCCUUCCUUCUUUUUUUUUCUUUUUUUUUUUCUUUUUGUUGUUGUUGCUUACCUUUCUUCAUCUCGUUUCUUUGUCCUGUGCAUUAUUUUCUUGCUUUCUUUUUUCUUUUCUUACGGUUUUCUUUCUUUCUCUUUCAUUUUACACCUUCCUUGCUUUUAUUUCUUCCUUUAUCUAAAUACUUUUUUCGUUUUUCUCUUCCUUUUUAUCGAAAUAUUCUUACGGUUUUCUUCGUUGAUUGUUGGCUUGCAUUUUUGCUUUGUUAACAUUCGUUUUUCUUCUUUUUCUUCUUUUAACAAAAUAAUUUUGUCUAUUUCUUUCACUUCCUUUAUUUACUUAAAUAAUAUUACAUUUUUAUUUCUUUAUUUCUUCCUGAUUUUUAUCUAUGCAAUUUUGUUUUACGCAAUUUUUCUUCAUUCUUUUGAUCUAAAUAACCUUGUUUUUCUUGCUUUCUUUUUCCAUUCUUUUAUCUUACUACUUUCUUUCUUUUUUUUUCUUUCUUCCUUUCUUGUUUUUUCUUAUUUCCUUCCUUCCUACCUAUCUAUCUAUCUUUCUUUCUUUCUUUCUUUCUUUCUUUCUUUCUUCUAUCAUUUUAACUAA